GCUGUCAACGCCAGACGAUAAAUAUGAAUUUAAAUUACUUAACCCAAAGAAAACGAAACGAAAUAAGGCAAAGCCAAAGCCGCCGCCUGUGAAAGGAGAAAAAAAAAACAACAUUUUGUGAAUAAAUAAUAAAGCAAUAUCGCACAUGUUUCCGGUCGACUGCGCCAAAUAAAUGUAAGCGAAUGGAGAGAGAGCAUCGUGAUGAUAGGCAAUAGGCGCAUCUCAACAGCAGUUUGGCUCGUGCUCGGGCAUUAAACCAGCUUCUUAACACCUUGCACCUAUAGUUAUCCGGACUCCUAUUACCACCACCCACCUCUCACUCACUCACACAUGACCGCGUCCAGGCGACCGGCCCACAGAACGUGACCCAUGGCGAUGUACUUUUAUGCCAGUAAGAUAUCAGCCAUCGCCUGCGGCACGCGUUGCAAGCAAACGGUAUUGCAAAAAUCUCGCGGUCAACGAGAUCGCGACAAAUGCCGCCAUCGUCAGCGUCAUCAUCAUCGACGGCAUCGUCAUCAUCAUCAGCAAUGCUCCAGCUCUGACAGCGAAAGCGCCGACGAUGGCUGCUGUUUGGAGAACGAACCAGCGGACGCGGGCAUAUUCUCUCUGGAUGCCAGCAGCAAUUUGACAGCGGAAACGACACUCGGUUUGGGUAUCCCAAUGGGUGGUCGUGACGGCAUAGAAGGACUAGUUGGAGCUGGCAUACGUUUUCGUCGUCGUCAUAGUGCAGAACAAUUGAGUGCAUAUGAUUUGGAAAUGGGGUUUCAGAAAAUCGAGCUUGCCACCUUGGCAAAUCCAUUGGGCAUGGCCAACAAUCGGGAUGAUGUUGUUCAGUAUGAUGUCCCCAAAAACCCGCAUAAACGCAGCCAAUGUGAUAUAAAUUUUGAGAGCUCUGUGUUGGGUUCCGGUGGCAUUAUGUAUAUAAAUGGUAGAAUAGUUUCUGGCCCAUUGGACUCACUCGUCGAGGUGCUCAUACCCAAAAAUGUCAUUGACUUAGAUAAGGAAUUUAUAUUCUCAUUUUUAUUAUCAUCACGUUUAUUUCUGCGUCCCCAUGAGUUGCUUGGCAAACUGCUGGACUCGGUACCUGAUAGCGAAUGUUUAGAAUCAUUAGUUGCCCUGUUGGCCGAAUGGACACAGAAAUUUCCCUACGAUUAUCGGGAUGAGCGCAUGAUGAAUCAUGUAAAACAUAUCGUUGCCCGAUGUUCCCAAUCGCAUUUAGAAGCCGUUGUCUCACAAAUACUGAGUGCCUUACUAAAACGUUUGACUGAUUUAGAGAGACAUGAGGCAGACUUGCGUGCCUGCCAACAGACCAAUAGCGAAAACAACAAGGUUGCCACUGCCGCUGCUCCUGUAACUCCACUCAACAGCCCAACGGCCACACAAUACGCACAAAUCGUUUGUCGACUGGAGAAGAAACUGGCCAAGCACAUUGGAGCCGAAGAGUUUUUGCAGUGCAGCAGUAUGAUUCUAUUGGAUAAACAGAAGAAAUGGGACCAACCUAGCACAUCGGGUGGACCGCCAGGUGCACAGGAUCCAAAGAAGACCUGCAAUUUGGAAACCUACCUGGACUGGUCAGCACGUUUACGUCUGUUUGUGUGCAACGAAAUACUGCAGUGCGCUGGCAUUGAAGAACGCAGUCGAACUGUGGAAUUGUGGAGUGGUGUGGCUCAAUAUUGUCUACUUGUGGGCAACUACAAUAGUGCCACAGCCAUUUUGGAGUCACUGGAAUCACCUGCCAUAGCGAGACUUAAAAUAACAUGGAGUAAAUUGCAAGUAACGUGUCAACAAUUGGAUUGUAUGCAACGACAUGCCGAAGGACAUGGGCAUUUAUGGCAGAAACAGGCAAUUGUCCUAAAUGAGCAACUUCAUCAGCAACAGCAACAGCAGCAAGAACAGAGCCAACAAGCCGAACAGCAACAGGAAAGUCACAAGACUGAUAAGCAGACUAAGGCAUUAUUAUCGAUGACGGAAAAGCCAUCAACAUCAUCAUCAUCCUUAUUGUCAUCGUCGUCGUCAUCAGCAGCAGCAGCAGGACUCAUGGCAUUGGCAUUGUCCACUUCAGCACCAGGAACAGCAGUAGCAGCAGCAGCAUCAGGAACAGCAACGGCAACGGCAACUAACAUGGACGAGAAACCUUCAACGAGCGGCAUAACAGGCACUUCCGGUAUGAAUGCAAUCCCAAUCUCAGCAUCGUUGUCCUCCUCCACAAUGGAAUCAGCUUUGGCCCCUACGGCUGCUGGCAACAUCAAUACGGAAACACUACCAGCAACAACAACAAUAACAACAGCAACAACAUCAACUACAAUAUCCACACCCACAACAUCAUCAUCUGGCAAACCCAAUGAUUGGGUUGUUAUUCCAGUGUUUGCGGAUAUUGUUAAAUUGGCAUUGGCUGAACGUGAGAACUGUUUGCAGCGAUUACCAAAUGGCCACAUCAAUAUAAAUGCCUUUGAUCGCAUGGCGGCCAUAGUUGGAGCAUUUACCAAGCAUAUGCAGGCAACGAAGGGCAGCCAGGCGCCAACUAGCGGGGAAUAUGAGCAAUUUUGUUGGCAUAUGCAACAAACGACGAAACUUGCUGAAACGGAACUAAUGAUGGCUUCAUUUGACUGCGAAGAACCUAACAAUGCUGAAAAGCUAAUGUAUGAUUUAAACUAAUACUAACUAAGUGGAUAGGUAUUAAGAUUAUCAUAAAAGUAAAUAACUAAUAUACAUAUAAUGGCAUUUAAUGUUAGUAUAGAGUUUGUAUGUGUGUAUAUAUAUGUAUUAGUUAUAAUUUAGCACUCAAUUAACUUAGUCAGAUAAGUAGCUAACAAUGAAAACAAAUACAUAAUAUAAUUUA